CUUGGUCUCUCACCUGGAGCAAGUCAGAGCCAUCCCCUAACGUGGAUUGAGCUAAACAUUCAGAAAGCAUCUGGGCAACCCAACAGCCAAUGAUGGAUGAAAAUGCACAGUCACAGGAGAUGGCUUCCACAAGCUCCCCAAGGGCCAGUGAGCCCAGCCCUGAGGUCAAACAGAACAGGGACUCAGGGGGGAAGGGAGGAAGCCCCCAGAAUUUGCCUGUAGAGCAUCACUUUGCAUGUAAAGAGUGUGGGGAUACCUUUCGGCUUAAGGUCCUCCUGGUGCAGCACCAGCGAAUUCACAGUGAGAAGAAGGGCUGGGAGUGCGGCGAUUGUGGGCAGGUCUUUCGUGGGGUGGCUGAGUUAAAUGAGCACAGGAAGAGCCAUGUGGCUGCAGAGCCCCAGCCGGGCCCCAGCUGGGUCCUCAAUGGGGCCGUGGAGAAGAGGGAGCAAAUGGAAAAGGAGGCGAAACCCUUCGAGUGUGAAGAAUGCGGGAAAAGGUUCAAGAAGAACGCGGGCCUCAGUCAGCAUCUGCGCGUCCACAGCCGAGAGAAGCCCUUUGACUGUGAGGAAUGCGGCCGCUCCUUCAAGGUCAAUACCCACCUCUUCCGCCAUCAGAAGCUGCACACUUCGGAGAAGCCCUUCGCCUGUAAGACAUGUAGCAGGGAUUUCCUGGAUCGCCAGGAACUUCUUAAGCACCAGCGGAUACACACCGGCCACCUGCCCUUCGACUGCGACGACUGCGGCAAGUCCUUCCGAGGAGUCAAUGGCCUGGCCGAGCACCAGCGCAUCCACAGUGGAGCGAAGCCCUACGUCUGCCCCCACUGUGGCAAGCUCUUCCGGAGGAGCUCAGAGCUGACCAAGCAUCGGCGGAUCCACACUGGCGAGAAGCCAUACGAGUGCAGCCAGUGCGGCAAGGCCUUCAGGCAGAGCUCCAGCCUCCUAGAGCACCAGCGCAUCCACACCGGGGAGCGGCCCUAUGCCUGCGGCGACUGCGGCAAGGCCUUCCGGGGGCCUUCCGACCUGAUCAAACACCGGCGCAUCCACAGCGGACUGAAACCCUAUGAAUGCGACAAAUGCGGGAAGGCCUUCCGCCGGAGCUCCGGCUUGAGUCGCCAUCGGAGGACCCACAGUGGAGCAAGACGCUGCGAGUGCAGCGAGUGUGGCCGCGUGUUCAAGAGGCGGUCGGCGCUGCAGAAGCAUCAGCCAACCCACCACGAGUAGGACUAUUCAAAAUCAAGUAUUUGAGAGAAGAUCAACAUGGUAACAAUGACGUCCCAAGGACUUAAGCAUAAGGUGAUGCCUCCUUUUGGGGAACAAUAGCCUCUCUUGAUAUGGGGCCUAGAUGGUACUUCUCCAAUCCUCCAUUUCCACCUCUGUAAAACGAGGAUGAUCACAGGACUACCUCCUAAGGUUAUAGCAAGGACCGUGAUGCCUCACCUGGCACAGAGGUACACACUCAGUGAAGUCAUAUGCCAUCACCUCCAUGGUUAUUGCUGUUGUUCUGUGACUCACUGGUAUCUGAACUGGGAAUGGACCCAGGGCUCCUGACUCCUAGUCUCAUCUUCUUUCUCUCACAUGAUGGCUUAAAAUACUGUUUCUGUUUGCUCGCAUGCAGAUCAUACGUGCAUCUCCUUUGACCAGUUAUCAAGUUACCUUUGAAUAUAUUGACUUUAUACAGCAGUUUUUUCUAUAUCAAUUGUGAUGCUCUCUUUGCCAGUUUUAUUGCUUUGCUCUUUGUAGCAGUUUUAUUACAUUUUUGUUGUGCAAGCUUUUGAUUUUUACAUAUCCAAGCGUUCAUUGUUGUCAGUUAAAUCAUGACUUCCAUUGCUUCAGUAGUUAGAGAUGAUGACAUUUUCUUCUAGAUAUUGAAUUACAAAUGAAAAGUUGAAAGUCCUGCCCCACCAGAAGGUGGAUGUCCAGGUGGGCAGGCUGGAUGGAAAUGGGCCGGAGAUGCAGGCUCACUCCUCAUCCAAGAUGAAGACUCUGCACAGCUGUGGGCAGUACUUGACUAUCCAACCUGGCCACCCAGGCACUCAAGAGGAAUUUCCAUCUUGGAUUGGCCAGAACACUCUUGACUGUUCCUCAGCAUAGCCCUGGCCUUCAGCAGUGGGGCGGGACCUCACUUAUGGGUCAGGAUCAAUGGGACAGUCCAAACUUGGUCUUGGCAGCAGCUGGCCAACCUUCCAACUCCUGGGAGCCUUGGCCAUGGCUCAGCAUGGAUUCAGUGCCUGAGCAGCAGAUCCACCCAACAGACAUCUCAAACACGAAGACUCAACUGACUGAUGGCUGUCACGUGGAUGGUAUCCUCUUCCUAGAGAGUGAUCCUGGAACUAGAAAGAGGUCAGCAGUUUGGUGGCUUCCACUUUUGGUGACUAGGAGGAAAUUCACCUGUGUGUUCUGCUGUCACCUCCUGCAUCCACAUCUGUGAGGGGGUGACAGAACAAAGGCUUGGAGACAACCCUGCCCCUCUGAUGGCCACACCAGGCCUGGGCUGUGACUUGCCACAGCCUUGCCCAAGAAGGGCAGUUAAAACAAGGGUUCAGAGGGCAAUGAUGCCCUUCUGACAACAGCCCGUGUGGCAUAGAAAUAGAAAUUGGUCAUCCUGGAACUGAGCUCUCACUUUCAGCAGCCUCCCCCAGGAGGAACAGCAGCAAGGGCUAGCCAAGAACCUGGCCCCUGUAGCGUGACUUCUCAGCAGCUGUGCCUGAGAUAGAGGGGGAGCUUGAGAGCCUGCCAAGGAAGGACACCCUUCUGACAGGCCCACUGGGGCUGAGAAGCAGGGUCCCACAGUGACCUUGUGACCUUAGCCAGAGGUACUCUGGAAUGGCCCCCCCCAGGUCACACCAGUGGCUCUCUGUGACAUCUCCAUCCUGACCCCCAGGCUGGAGAGAAGCUGACAGCUCUUGUUACAUAGCAAUUCUU